UUGACACAGUAGGCAGUCAAUUGAAUCACUGAGAAAAUAUAUAUCUUGUUACUUUUGAGCGUUUAGCUCUCUCGAUUCAACAUUGGCUGCCUGCCUGCAGCCAACAACCCAAAAACUAUAGUGAGUGUGAGUCGACGAAGACCCAUUUUUACCCCAACCCGUCAACCCCAUCAUCAUCAUUUCACUCUUGACUGAAUAAAGCACUGAGCUUUGAUUAAAUUGCGACGAGUCUUUGAGUUUUGGGAGGUCUGGGAAAGACCCAAUUGGGAUUUGUUCUGUUUGCUUCAAGAAUUGAAUAGUUUGAGCCCGACCCAAUUCAGUUCCAGCUAUAUAAGGAACUUGUUGGUUGUUAGUGGAAUCCUUAUACUCAUGUCAUCCGAGUCGUGUGGCUCGAGUUUGCUUUUGGCUCUGUCAGAUGAUGUGUUUUCCAUUAUCACAUGUUCACUGUCAGUUAAGGACAUAUGCAAUCUGGGGCUAUGCUGCCGGAAUUUACAUGCAGUUGUGGACUGUGAAAAGGUCUGGCUUACUCAAUGUGAACAAAUUGGGAUUGUUCCUAUCCAAGACCUCAUCGAGUGGCGAAAGGCCGUCUCCUCUUACAAGGCGCUGUGCCGCUUUCUGUUUAGUGUUCAGCCGCUUAUGGGGAUAUGGGUUCACCAGAAUCCGGAGCUUGGGAAUGUAGUCUAUGUCAUGCCUGGUUUUGUUUCUGUUGUUGGGUGCCGCGUAAUACCUCAGGAGCUUGGCCCUUUAGGGAUCGAACAUGGCCCUAUUCUAUGGGCUCCUGUGUUUGAGAUCAUUGGUGAUUUCGAUGGUUCGACAGCAUUUUUUCUGCAUGGAAGGGAGAGGGGUUGUAACUAUGUGUAUCCUGGUUUAGUGAAACCUGUUGGCAGGUCGUGUAAUGUGCUGUUGCUUGAGAUUGAGCUUAGACAACCGAAAAAUGGGGGUAAAUCAUUAUUGCAUAGUAAGAGUUUGGUUAACUAUUCGGAUUCGGAGCUGUCAAAGAAUAUUUGCAGGUCAGAUAGUGGACUCUCAAGGUCGCAGAUGGUGUUUGGACAGGGUGAAACCAUGGUGCCCUUCAGUCGAUUGGGUUUCAGUGACAGGAGAAAGCUGCUGGAUGUUGUUACAAGCCAAAUUCGUCUGAAGGUUCCUAAUGUAGCAAUUGGCCCUCUCUUUCCUCGGUUGAGGGACGAUGGGGAGAACUUUCAGAAGGAUAUGGUGCUCUUAUGUGAACGAAGAUCAAUGCUUCUUCAAAUGCUAAAGCUUGGUGAAGGUGACGUGGACUCGAAGGCAAGAAAUCAACUGCCGUUUGAUUGUGCUCAGCUGCAAUUGAAUGAGUUUAGAAAGAGUCUUGAUCGUACAAGUGCUUUGCAAAGUAAUAUUAAUGAGGACGGUGGUCACAGACAAAGCCCCAGGCGGAAAACUCUUGGCAGGUACUUUAAGGAUAGUCUCAAUCAAAUCCUGGGAAAGUCAAACUCAUUCAAUGGCAACUCAAAGAAUAGUUCUUCCAGCAGUGAGAGUAAGUAUGCAUCCCUUCAAGAGUUUCUGAGUUCAGGUGAUACCAUAGGACUGACUCUACAUGCUUCAAGUGCGAAGUUAUCUUCUUAUCGAGCAUGGCCAAACAUGCAUGAUAGUCGAUUUGCCAUUUACAAAUUGCCCUUGCGCAUCCCAACUGCUGAUCAUGAGUAUGCUGGUUUAUGGGGAGGAACUUUUGGUUGGCCUCCAGGGAAGCCCACCAAAGAUAAGCCCGGAAAGGCUCUCUUCUUUCUUUUACUUUCUUAUGAGGAGUGCCAGGGGCAACAACAUCUGAUUGCAACCAAAAUUUUAGAGGGUACACACUAUGUUCUGCAUCCUAAUGGCUCAGCAGUGUUUAUUGUGAACAUCGAUGAACCUUCAACAGAUCCAUUUCCUUGGGAUACGGAUGUAGAUUCCCUGACUGUGAACAUCAAGCAUGCUUUGAAAGGAGAGGGUAUUGCAAAUGGUUAUGGUUUUAGAUACCCAGGCUCAAAACCGGGUUCCCUCUUUGUAUUUCAAGAUGGUCACCUUGCCUUCAUUUGGAAGGAGUCUAGGGCUGUCUUGACUUUGCAGAGGCUGAACUUGCAAGACCUUUUGAGAAAAGGUGAAAGGGUGCCUGCGCUUCCUCCAAUUGCUAACUUUUCGUAUUUGACCAAGUCUUACUCAAAUGUGUUUGCUGAGUUCCCCCACACCUCAAGUACUUGGGCAUCAGCAAGGGAAGAGCAAUCCGACGCCCUAGGCGAACACUAUAGAUGAAGCAGGAAGUGCAAUUACAAAAAGCCAUAAGAUAUUUGGAGAAUAUAGCGGCAUAUUUCCCGUCGUAACUGAAAACAGAAGGCUAGGAUGUACCAAGAGAAAGACAAGGUGACAAACAUCUCAAAUGCUGAUGAUGGCUGGGUAGAAGGCAUACAUGUGAUCUCAUGUUGUGCAUGACUAGUGUUCUGAUUUCGUGGAAGGAUUCCACUGACAUCAAGAUGACAUUUACCUUCUGUGUUUGUAUGAUUUAUAUAUUUUUCUUUUUCUUUUUUGGGAUAACAAGUGUAAGGGCAUGGCUUUUAAGUGGCCAUGUGUGGAACCGAAGAACUCCUGCUGGCUGCUGCUGUUAUACGAGUAAAAGAAAUCAUAUGUAAGGUAUUUAUAAUAAAUUUCAUUUUAUACAGAUAAAACCAGUCAGUUUUUCCUUCCUUAA